AUGUUCGGCCUCGUCUCCGCCGACGAACUCCACGACGUCAAGGACGCGCGUGGCGCCUGCGCCGCGGACGACACCAGCAAUGCGCGGACGGCCUCGAAUCUCAGACUCGACGCGCACGACCCCAACAAGUGGACGACCUCAACGAUCUCGAUUACGCAUUCCAACGCACGACGACAUCAAGCCACGCGCAACGGUGUCGGCAAUGACGAGUCCUGUACAACUGGAGGCGGACCAAGAGCGCGCACGGCAGCGGCGUCUUGCGUGCUCUCGCAGCGCCUCCGCGUACUCUCGCGGGCCUCCGCGUAA